AUGAUGGACAUGAAUAUGGCAACGUCGACUGCCAUGGCUAUGUCUACACCAACAGGCAUGUCCGGUGACAUGUCUGGUCACAUGUCUAUGUCGAUGGAAGACAUGGCUAUGACAUUCUUUGAGGCUUUUCAAACCCCACUAUUCUCUCAGGCUUGGACGCCGACCAACAAAAGCGAGUACGCGGGGACAUGCAUAUUUCUUAUCAUUCUAGCUUGUAUACUCCGAUUACUGCUAGCACUGAAACCGAUACUGGAGCAGCGUUUCUGGAUGAACCAUAGCACUUACGAGUCGGAUAAACGGUCUCUCAUCCCACCCGGAGACGAUGCAAUCGAACCGGGAAUGAAAGUUACGGUGAUACGCGGAGAUGUAGCUCGACGGUGGAGAGGAUGGCGAGCCAGUGCUGCUGCUGCGAGAGCAACAUACGAAGUCAUCAUUGGAGGGGUUGGAUACCUACUAAUGCUCGCAAUCAUGACAAUGAACGUCGGCUAUUUCCUUUCCGUCUUAGGAGGCAUUUGGCUUGGGACGUUUCUCUUGGGUGGUCUUGCCAGUAGCAGCGCGACGAUAUGUUAG